AAUUCCUCCCAUUCUGCUCCGGCGACUAAAGAGACCCAGCCAAAGAGCGAUAUAACCAACGAGCAAAAGCAGAGCUGGUCUGUGUUUGAUAAAUAUCUGCUACUAUCUGGCCUGCUGCCCCCAUCCUCCAAUUCUUCCUCUUCAUCCUCACCUCUGCCCUCCUGGAUCUAAGCAAAAUGGACAUUUUCCAGCAAGAGCGUCGUACCUACAAAGUCUAUAACCAAGAUUUUACAAUUGACAAGCGAUUCCAGCUAUCCAAAGAAUUGGGCCAUGGUGCCUAUGGAAUCGUUUGUCAAGCAAAAUACAUAGAGCUCCCUAAUGGGGGCUCUGUUGCCAUUAAAAAAGUCACAAACAUCUUCACCAAAAAAAUUCUCUGCAAAAGAGCCUUACGAGAGCUAAAACUACUAAAGCACUUCACUGGCCAUAAAAACAUCACCUGUCUCUAUGAUCUAGACAUCGUCAACCCUACCAAAUUCAACGAAAUCUAUCUUUAUGAAGAACUAAUGGAGUGUGAUUUGCACCAAAUCAUCAGAUCAAAACAACGCCUAACUGAUGACCACUACCAAUCAUUCAUCUACCAAAUUUUAAACGGCUUGAAAUAUAUCCAUUCUGCUGAUGUCCUACACAGAGAUUUAAAACCUUCAAACCUAUUAGUCAACGCCGACUGCGAACUAAAAAUUUGCGAUUUUGGUUUAGCCAGAGGUUACUCUGAAGACCCCUCCAAAAAUAGAGGUUUUUUGACUGAAUAUGUUGCCACAAGAUGGUACAGAGCUCCUGAAAUCAUGCUAAGUUUUCAAAGCUAUUCAAAGGCAAUCGAUCUUUGGUCUGUUGGUUGCAUAUUAGCUGAGUUAUUAGGUGGCAAACCAAUCUUCAAAGGUAAAGACUAUGUUGACCAAUUAAACCAAAUCUUAAGAAUCAUUGGAACUCCCAAUGAGGAAACCUUGGUCAGAAUCGGCUCCAGAAGAGCCCAAGAUUAUGUUCGUUCUCUACCUUAUAUGCCCAAAGUAGAAUACUUAAAGCUAUUCCAAGGUCUAAGUGGUAACCCCAAUCUAUCCAUAAACCCUCUAGCUUUGGAUUUACUAGAAAAAAUGCUAACUCUAGAUCCAACCCAACGAAUUGACGUCAACCAAGCUUUACAUCACGCUUACUUGAAAGUCUGGCACGAUCCAAAUGAGGAGAUUUCUUGCGAAACAAAAUUCGAUUUUGGUUUUGAAGAAAUUAAUGAUUUAGACGAAAUGAGAAGCUUGAUUGUUGAAGAAGUUAGAAGUUUCAGAGAAAGUGUCAGAAUACCACAAACUCCAGUCAAUUCGGAUCCAAAAUCACAAAUCCAACCCCAAUCUCAACCCCAAUCUCAAGAUGAAAUUCCAGAUAUCACUCAUCAGCAACAAUUAGAACAAUAUCAACAACAGCAACAGCAACAACAGCAACAGCAACAAUAUCAGGCUCAAGCUCAAGCUCAAGCACAAGCUCAAGCUCAAGCACAAGCUCAAGCACAAGCACAAGCACAAGCACAAGCACACGCGCAUGCUCAAGCUCAAAUUGAAGCUCAAAUGCAAAAACAAUACCAAUAUCAACAAUAUCAACAACAAUAUCAAGCUCAAAUUGCUCAAGCACAAGCUGUCCAAGCUGCACAAGGUCAAAAUCAAGCUCAAAACCAAGGUCUAAUUGCUCAGGUUGGUCAAUUGGAUUUUAGAACACCAGCGGUUAAUGAAGAGGAUUUACCACCAAAACCACAAGAAAACAUUUAUAUUCAACAAAAUUAUCAAAAUAAUAAUCAUAAUAAUAGUAACACUAAUGCUAAUAACAACAAUGCUGGCAACGCUGGUUAUAAUAAUGAUAACAAUACAAAUAACAAUCACAAUGUUAAUAGUUUUGAUAACUUGGAAAAAGAAUUAGAGUUUGGUUUAGAUAGAUACUGUUAGGUUUGAAAUUUAAUUACUUUUUAUUUUCAUUUUUUAUACGAUUAUUAUAAAUCACAAAUCAUAAAUCAUAAAUCAUAAAUCAUAAAUUAUAAAUCAUUAUAAAUUAUAAAUUAUAAAUCCCAAAUCAUAAAU